GAUCGUCGCAUUUCGUUUUCAACCUUUAACGCGCCAUGUUGCAUCAAACGUCGUUGCUGCUGCUGCUGUUGGCCGCCUUCGCCAGCGCCGAGAUAGUCAACUUUCAGAAUUGUCCCGACAGCGUCGAUGUGUGCCCCAUAAAUCAGGUGCGUGUGGAUCCCUGCCCCCAGGCCGCAACCCGCGCCGCUUGCCACAUUCGUCGCCGCCGUCCGACCACGAUGAGCUUUGAUUUCACGCCCUCAUUCGAUGCAGAGCGUCUGGAGGCGAGUCUCGGCUGGGCCAAGAGCGACACCGAAGAGUUGCCGCUGAUCUCAAUGGAGCGUGAUGCCUGCAAGUCGACCACUUGCCCCGUGCAAGCUGGCAAGCAGCAAACCUAUUCGCUGGUUGUGCCCAUCGAAUCGAAGUUCCCCAUCAGUCCUUAUACCAUUCGCUGGGCUCUCAAGGAUCCGGUUAGUGGCAAGCGUUGUUGCUUCACCGUUGACAUCAAGGUGACGAGAUAAAAAAAAAGAAAUCGUGUACUUGCGAAUAUUAAAUGCAUUUGCUUUAUUUUGUGAAACCGAAACAA